UACCAAACGUAUUCUGGGAGAGAUCAGGAGGACUCAACCAAAACAGCGAGCUUCCGUCCUCCGAUCACGCCGCAGUUUUUAAACCAAUUUUACCACUCUCUGGGUUUGUUACGUCGCCGGAGACUUCAAGAUGUCUGAUUCCGACAUGGACAUUGACGAUGAUGAGGUCGAACAAAAGGUGCAAGUACAUACAAUUGGAGGAGAAUCUCAAUUGCUUCAUAAACCAAUUCAAGCUCCCAAUCCCCAGAACGGAAACUCUUUUGUUCAUUCAAACUCGUCCCAUGUAGAUGUGAAGAGGCAUUCUGUAACAACACCUUCAAAUGAGCAAGCAAAUAUCAUAAAGGAACAAGCUUUUGCUCAAGAUAAUGGAACUUUAUCAAGAUUUCCUGCUCCGGGUAUAACGCCAAACAGUUUUUUCCCUGCCGCCGGUGAAGGGAAUGAACCAGAACAAAAACGUGCAGCUCAUCUCUGCAAGUUUUUUGCUAAAGGGUGGUGUUUCAACGGGGUUUCCUGCAAGUUUCUACAUGUGAAAGAGAAUUCAAAUUGCACUAGUCAACAACAGCCGGAAAAUAACAUGGCUGGAAGCAGUUAUAUCCAGUCUGAUGUAGCAAGAAGAAUAUCAGACAGCAACGAAGGUGUUAGAGUUUCCCAGUUAAUCGGAAACGGCGUGACACCUUUGCAUACCAGAGAGGAUUUAUCUUUCGUAAAUCCCCCAGGUUCUCAGAGAGUUUUCUCCUCCAUGUCUUUCGUCAAUCCCCCAGGAUCUCAGAGAGUUUUCCCGUUCAAUAACGAGAUGCGCUUUAUGCCUUCAUCUGAAAACACAGGAAGAGAGAGUUUGAAGCAAACGUGUGGUGCUCCUUUCACUGACAACAGGUCUCUAGUUAUUAAUAACAGCAAUGCCUUCACAUUGAGAAGCAGCUUUGUUCAUGAGCAUAGAUCUCCUAUCAGUUCCUAUUUAAAACCAGACAUGGGAUCCUCUCGACCAGCCUGGACAGGAUCAUUGUCCAGUUCUGUAGCUUCUGUUCCUAUGAAUGAGGGUGCUUCUACCGUGGGGAAUUUUGAAAAGGGGAAUAAUAUAUGUGGAUCUCGAUCACUUCCAACGCUUCAAGAGAGUCAGGCAGCUGUUUCUUCUGAGAAAGGUGCAGCAUCCAACACAACUAGCAGUAAAAAGAAAGGUUCUUCAGAUGAUUGGGAACCUUCUGAACCCUUUAAAGCAUCGUUUACAAUUCCACCUUAUAUACUUCCCUCGUCUGAUGCCCUCUACAAUCCUUUCACGGAUAUAGAGAAUCUAGGAGACAGAUCUCGUAAUGCUUCAUUGUCAAGUAAAGGAGAACAGGCACGGAAAAAUUCUCGCCAGCAGAAAGAUGGUGAUUCUGGUAGUGGUACCCAAGCACGGGAAUGCAAGAAUGAUGAUAAAAGCAGUUCAUGCAGUCAAAAUCAACACCAAGAAAGUGUGGCGAGAAGGAGUUUGGAACCACAUGGAGUAGUGGAAGGGGUGGCUACUUCAGUGGUUGAUCAAAAUGACACAACAACACCUAGUAAAGAGAUUUCUUCGGCGGCAGCUGCAGAGAAUAGAGUUGUUUUGAAAAGGAGCAAACCUGCAGGGCAUGAUGCUUGGCAUAGAAGUGAUGGGUCUUCAUAUAAAAAGACAUUGAAAUCAGAUGAGAUAGAUGGUGAAGUGAGGUCAGAUGCAGAGAUAAAAGUAAUGAGACAAUUCCGAACUGCAGUUGUGGAAACCGUUAAAGAAAUGUUGAAACCGUUGUGGCGUGAAGGUCGUCUUACCAAAGAUGUGCAUAACAUGAUAGUUAAAAAAGCUGCGGAAAAGGUCGUAAGCGCCGCAGUCCAGUUUCAUCAGGUGCCAACUGACACCGGAUCAGUUGAUCAGUAUCUUGGUUUGUCUGCAACCAAAAUUGUGAAGCUUGUCGAGGGGUACGUUGAAAAGUACGGUAAACCCUGAGUUAUCAAACCAAAUGCCACUUUGGUGGCAAUGGCAAUGAGCUCGAAUGGACGAGAUUCUUGUAAAUUAUGUCAUCCUUUCUUUUUCCUCAAUUAUGAUUUAGUACGUAGCACCUAAAUUCUUUUGGAUCUCCAUUUUCUAUCCUUUACAAAUAAUGGAACAAGGUUGGAAGUGGAGCUUGGUGGAGGAUAUGUAGGUGGUUGCUUUGGAAGCAGAUGGAGGGGAAAACAGGGAGAGACCGAAUAAUGAAUGUUUGAAGGUAUGUUCUCGAUCAUCUUGACUUUGUUUAAUUGUUUGCAUACAAAACCAACCAGGUUCAUUAGUGAUUAGUUUUUCUAACAUGUUAACCUCAAAACAACACCAUGUACAAACUUCAAAAUAAGCCUAGCUUAUCCAACUAAGGAGAUAGGGUAAGUACGGUCCUGUUCGUUUGUGUGUCGCUGGUUUCAGCGACAACGACCAGUGACACUAGUUGUUGUUCGUUUUCAUGUCUCUGAAUUCUGUCGCUAAAUCAGCGACUGUCGCAAUAUUGUUCGUUUUCUUGUCGCAUAAUACUGUCGCUAAAAUUUGUCGCUAUAUCGUUCGUUUGGCUGUCGCUAGAGACUGUGAUUUUUUUUUUAAAAGUUUUUUACCUUUAAAUGUAUAAUAAAUAUGAAAAUUAAGGAAAUAAGUUGUAAUUAAUAAAUUCUAAUACCAAUAAUUACAUAACUAUUAUUCUCAUAAAAAAAUAAAAUUUCACACUAAAAUUUUUUAGUAAGGCAAUUGACGUCCACUACCAAUAUGACCGGUGAUAGUAUUACGCAACUCUUCUAUUGCUCUGUCUCUAGUAGGUUCAUAUGGAGUGUAUCCACCAUGACGAUGAUGAUGAUGAUGAUCAUCAUCAUCUUCAUCAUCACCAUCUUCAUUGCCAUGAAUAUGAUAUUCUUCUGUUUUUUGCCAACGUAUAAAAUCAUUAUCCUCUCGAUGUGAUUCACGUAUGAAGUUGUGUAGUGCCAUGGUUGCUGUCACAAUCUUGAUCCUUGUGGGAUAUCCAGAGUCAACCAAAUAAUACUUCUCAUUUGGCCGGUGUGGAAACGAAACUUCAUUCUUCGCACAAUAAGUUAACACUUUUGUAUCGUGUGCUCUACCUGGUACUUCAACAUAUGCAUAUAUGAACUUCAUAUCGAAGUUACAUAUAGCAAGGAUAUUCAUAGUUGGUUCCAAUUUUCUUCCUCUGUAAGCUUCUGCAUUUGUACUUGGAGGACGAACUGGGAUGUGUGUUCCAUCAAGUGCUCCAAUGCAAUCCUUAAAAUAUGGCCAAUAUCGAUCAUCAUUUCUCAGAACUGAGCUUACCCUUGUGAAUUCUCCUUCUCCCUGUUUUAUCGUAUAUGCUGCAAACUUCAUAAUAACGCUUAAAACUUCAUCAAGUUUCCUCUUCACUGUAUCCAAUGAUCUUUGAUACCUUACAACAAUCUCUCUCACGGUUUUAUCCUGACCAACCAUCUCAAGAAACAUAGCAACUGCUUCUUCAGUGUGAACAUUGCAACCUCUAUCUUUGUUCUCUUCUAAACCAUAUCUCGUAGUAAGCAUCCUGCAUAAUGCUUCAAACGUUCUUUGAUUCAUCCGUAGAAUAUCGUAGCAUUGUUGGUCUGAUCCAUGCAUUAGUAGCUGAACAUGACGCCAUCCUCCUCCUCUAUCUGUUCUAUGAAUCAACCUCUAUCUUUGUUCUCUUCUCAACUAAUUCAUUCUUACGAGUAAGAAUCAAGUUUCUUGAAGAAGAAGUCUCUAUAGCUAUGUCAACCUCCUUCCGCUUUCUCUUUGAUCCAAAACUUCCUGCUCUAAACUGUGUUCCUACCACUGGUGGUGCCAUACUUGUAUCAAUUGAAUCUGCUUCAUCACCAUUUUCAGCAUCCACUCUAGAAUCUAAACUUGUUUCUCCUUGUUGGGCGCUCCAUCCCUCUGCUCCAGUAACAAUAACUGAACAAAACGCCUCUCUAAAAACAUCCAUAUUGGGCAGGAGUUUGUUCUUAU